ACCUCUCACUUCGCCUGCGCUAAGAGCCAUAUCUCUUAUGGGUCCGAGUGACGUCGGUGUCAACUUUUGGUUAUUUUGUCCCCUGAUAAAAACGUCCCGGCUAUAAGGAACAUUAUGUAUGCCGUCAGAAACGCUCUCCGCCUCGGCCGCAGGUUGUCCGUCCAGGCGGCGUCGAGGAGAGGAUGCGCCGGUGCUUCCAUCCCGGUGGACGAUGUCGUGAACGGACUCACCGAGGACCAGAUCCAGCUCAGGCAGUCGGUUCGUAAAUUCUGUGCAGAAAAGCUCGCACCGUGUGCCGACGAGAUCGACAGGACCAAUGAAUUUCCAGGAAUGCGGGAGUUUUGGAGAGACAUGGGUGAGAUGGGACUUCUUGGGAUCACUGCUCCAGAGGAGUACGGGGGCACAGGAUUGGGCUACCUCGAUCAUGUCAUCGUAAUGGAGGAAAUGUCCAGAGUGUCUGCGGCCAUCGCUCUCAGUUACGGCGCCCACUCCAACCUCUGCGUCAACCAGAUGGUUCGCCACGGCAACGAGAAGCAGAAAGAGAAGUACAUGCCCAAGUUAAUGACCGGGGAGCACGUAGGAGCUCUGGCCAUGAGUGAACCCAAUGCCGGCUCUGAUGUCGUGUCCAUGAAACUCAAAGCCAAGAAGCAAGGCGACUACUAUGUUCUGAAUGGCAACAAGUUCUGGAUCACAAAUGGGCCGGAUGCCGAUGUCCUUAUUGUUUACGCAAAGACAAAUCCUGAGGCCCAUCAAAAGGGCAUCACAGCUUUCAUUGUUGAAAAGGGAAUGCCGGGAUUCUCUACGGCACAGAAGCUCGAUAAACUUGGUAUGAGGGGUUCAAACACCUGCGAGCUGAUCUUUGAAGACUGCAAAAUCCCAGAGAAGAACGUCCUCGGCCCGUUGAACAAAGGUGUUUACGUGAUGAUGAGCGGCUUGGAUCUGGAGAGGCUGGUGCUUGCAGCCGGACCCAUCGGCAUCAUGCAGUCAGUUUUGGACAACGCUGUUCCCUACCUGCACGUCAGAGAAGCUUUCGGACAGAAAAUCGGACACUUUCAGCUGAUGCAAGGCAAGAUGGCUGACAUGUACACCAGGCUGAGCUCCUGUAGGCAGUAUGUGUACAACGUCGCCCGUGCUUGUGACAAAGGACACUUCAGUUCAAUGGACUGUGCUGGAGUCAUCCUCUACUGUGCAGAGAAUGCCACCCAGGUUGCUUUGGACGGCAUUCAGUGUUUGGGUGGGAACGGCUACAUCAACGACUACCCCAUGGGGCGAUUCUUGCGCGACGCGAAGCUGUACGAAAUUGGCGCCGGCACAAGCGAAGUGCGCCGGCUGAUUAUCGGCCGAGCUUUCAACGCCAUGUACAAGUGAUCCGAUCCACGUCGAGGAAUCGCGUGGACGAACGCCGUUACUCACACCCGGGGGCCUUAAACGGAACCAUCCGUUGCUGCUGUCUGUUUCUGAAUAAUUGUCGCACAGCAUUUUUAUUCAUCAACCCAGAUGUGUCGUACGUGAAAUCAUUCAAAGAUAAAGGUAAUGUGACGAGUUUCAUGCAAAUGACCAUGUUGAGUGUCUCAAUUUUUUAUAUCUGGUUCGUGACAUCGACUUGAUAACCACCGGAAUGCCAAUAAAGCAAUAGCAUUAUUCUUAAGAAUUCAGCCACAUAAACCAGAGACGAUACUGAUGCUUGAAUUAUCAAUGAAUUAAUAGAUUGUGAAUACUGUGUAAUUAUAAUUCUAUAAGCCUUACAGGUGAAUAUCACUCGUUAAAUUAAACAUUAAAAAGUCUCAUGAGCUUUGUUACUUCACUUUCAUGAUUUCACUGCAAACUGAUCACCGAUUUCUUGGCAAUGAGUUUUGGGAAAAGUGUAUAUGUGAGUAUUCUGUUGUAGAGAAUUAGAAACAGUUUGUCCAUUUUUUUUUUUUUUUCCCCAACGGUUUUGGCUUUGUCUUCUGGCUGAACCGUCCAGCUGGAGAAACUCACGAUUCCUUUCUCCUCUCUUCUCCAAUGGACUAAAUGUAGAUAAUGUGUGAUAUAUAAUAUAGUUUUGUUUAGCAUGAAUAAACAAACCUUUUAAUUUCUGGAA